AUGUACCGACAGGUUUUAGUUGAUCCUAAUGAUAGAAUGUUGCAACUAAUUUUGUGGCGACCAGAUCGCAAUAGCCAGUUGCAGAUAUACCAGUUAAACACUGUAACGUAUGGAUCGGCAUCAGCUUCGUAUCUAGCCACUAGAUGCUUACUUAAGCUUGCCGAAGAUAAUGAAGAGAAUUAUCCUCUUGCUUCCCAGGCUAUAAAAAAAAAUUUCUAUGUAGAUGACUGUUCUACAGGUGCUGAGACAUUAGAAGAUGCUAAAAGUUUGCUAACAGAUGUUACCAAAAUCUUAAAACAGAGGAAUUUUGAGCUAAGAAAAUUCUGUUCUAAUCAUCCAGAUAUAUUGCAGAGCGUUCCUGAAGAGCAAAAAGAACAACUUGUUGCGUUUCACCAAUCUGAAGUGAUUAAAAUGUUGGGACUGAUCUGGGAUCCUGCAUUGGAUGCAUUUAGAUUUAAAUUUGACCUUGAUGAAAUUAAUGAGAAUGAGAAAGUAUGCAAACGAACCGUACUUUCCAACCUUGCAAGCUUAUUUGAUCCUCUGGGUCUUCUUGCACCAGUCAUAGUUCUUGGUAAACUAUUUUUACAGGAGUUAUGGAAAACAAAGUCAUCUUGGGAUUAUCAGCUCCCUGAAGAUCAAGCUAACAAAUGGCUUCGUUACUUGAAUAGUUUUUCGAUGUUAAAAGAUUUAAGCAUCCCUAGAUAUGCUUCUUGUCCUUGCAAAAAGAAAAACGUUGAAUUGCACGCAUUUUCAGAUAGCAGUCAAAAGGCCUAUGGCUCUUGUGUGUAUAUUAGAUCCGUUGAUGAUAAUGAAAUUAUUAAUUCACACCUGCUUUGUUCCAAAUCAAGAAUUUGUCCUCUAAAAGUCACAACCAUAGCUAGAUUGGAACUACAAGGAGCUGUUCUCAUGGUUGAAUUAGUAGCUAGAUUACUGCCACUAUUUUCUAAUGAAUUUAGAAGAGUUUGCUACUAUACUGAUUCAACUACAGUACUAGCGUGGAUUAAAUCACCUUCCUAUACAUGGGAUACCUAUGUCGCAAAUAGAGUGGCAAAGAUUCAAGCGAAUACGGAUAUAGAGCAAUGGCAUUUUGUUAGAGGAAACAUUAACCCAGCGGAUAUGGUAUCUAGAGGGCUCGAUCUUCCAACGCUCUUAAAUACAUCAAUCUGGUUCAGAGGACCAGACUUUCUAAACACUUUUGACAUAUUAUGGGAAACAAUUCCUGAGUUUGUCCAAGAAGAUAUUCCAGAACGUCGAAAGAUGAGAUCGGUCUUAGCAGCGCACGGUUGUCCAAAAUGA